CAAAUAAAUCCGUGGAUUGCUCCAGAACUGACUACCAAUUCAAGCUGAUGUGUCCGUGUCUGAGAGGAUAAAUAAAUACAAGGAGCGAGAUAAACCGCGUGGACACAUUCCAGAAGACUAAAAUAGUUUCGAAUCUAAUUGCCUAUGAUAAURAUAAAUAUUGAACAGAAUCCACCAAUAUCGAAUGAGGUCCUACAUAUUUAAAGACUCCAAAAACUCACUCAGCUUUUUCUCCGCGGUCUUUGUUAGUUCAAUGUGAAACGGGGCUGGGCCAAGGUUGGAACUAAACCAAGAUGGCCGCCUUCAUAGUAAGGAUGGGGCCUCUGUUAGUGUUGUGGCAGUCUGUCUUCCUCAGUGGGACCUGGGCYGUGGACCGGGGAAACUUCAAAACCUGUGACCAGAGUGCCUUCUGCAAGCGUCAGCGAGCGUUGAAGCCUGGCCAGUCCCCGUACAGAGCCCUGCUGGAGACCCUGGAGCUCACCAACACCAAACUCACACUGCAGCUCAUCAAUGACAACAACAAGGUGCGUCUGCUGCUGGAGCUCUAUCGUCUCCAGGGCAACAUGACCAGGGUGAAGAUAAAUGAGUUGAAGCCACUGAAGCCUCGCUUUGAGGUCCCCGACGUGCUCAUCAACGACCCUCCUACAGAGCCUCUGUCUCUCCUGUCGCAGGAUGAGAAUGGGGUGGUUCUGUCUUUGGGGGCAGACUCUCAGUGGCUGAUCGUCAGUGCUAAACCGUUCCGAUUGGACAUCAUGGAGGGACGGGAGGUUCUUCUGUCACUUAACUCCCGUGGUCUGCUGGCCUUCGAGCACCUCCGGAUCCGCAAGGAUACUCAGGUAGACCCAGAAGGAGCUGAGAAGAAAGAAGAAAGUGAUGCUGCCAACGAACCGGCAGAAGGAGAGACUGCAAACGAGGAUGGAAUGUGGGAGGAGACGUUCAAGUCGCACACAGACAACAAACCCAAUGGCCCUUCCUCCAUUAGUCUGGACUUCUCUCUGCCAGGGGUAGAGCACGUCUACGGCAUCCCGGAACACGCAGACAGUCUUAAACUCAAAACCACUGAUGGAGGGGAUCCAUACCGGUUGUUUAACCUAGACGUGUUCCAGUAUGAGCUGUUCAACCCCAUGGCCCUGUACGGUGCCAUCCCUGUCAUGCUGUCCCACAAUGCACAGCGCACCAUGGGCAUCUUCUGGCUCAAUGCUGCUGAGACCUGGGUGGACAUCAGCUCCAACACCGCUGGCAAGACUGUGUUUGGCCAGAUGCUGGACUAUGUUCAGGGCUCCAGUGAGACGCCACAGACAGACGUGCGUUGGAUCUCAGAGAGCGGCAUCAUCGACGUCUUCAUCAUGCUGGGACCCACUCCCACUGAUGUCUUCUCCCAGUACGCGUCACUCACAGGUACCCAGGCCUUCCCUCCCCUGUCUGCACUGGCCUACCACCAGUGCCGCUGGAACUACAAUGACCAGGAAGAUGUGGCGGCUGUGGACCAGGGCUUCGAUGAGCAUGACAUCCCCUACGACUUUAUCUGGCUGGACAUAGAGCACACGGACGGCAAGCGCUACUUCACCUGGGACCCUCACAAGUUCCCCCAGCCCAAAGACAUGCUGCAGGGCCUGAUAGACAAGAGACGCAAGAUGGUGACCAUUGUGGACCCCCACAUCAAGGUGGACAGCAGCUACAAGAUCCACAAUGAGAUCCGCUCCAAAGGCUUCUACGUCAAAAACAAAGAUGGUGGAGACUACGAGGGCUGGUGCUGGCCUGGUAAUUCUGGUUACCCAGACUUUACCAACCCUGAGAUGAGAGCUUGGUGGGCCAGUAUGUUUGCCUACGAUCAGUAUGAGGGAUCCAUGGAGAACAUGUAUACAUGGAACGAUAUGAACGAGCCGUCAGUGUUUAACGGACCAGAGGUCACCAUGCAUAAAGAUGCCCUGCACGGGAACUGGGAGCACCGUGACCUCCACAACCUCUACGGACUCUAUGUGCAAAUGGCCACAGCAGAGGGUCUGAUUGAGCGUUCAGGGGGAGUGGAGAGGCCGUUUGUCCUGACCAGAGCCUUCUUCGCUGGCUCCCAGCGCUACGGUGCUGUGUGGACAGGUGAUAACACUGCUGAGUGGGACCAUCUGAAGAUCUCCAUCCCCAUGUGUCUCAGUCUGGGCCUGGUUGGUGUUUCUUUCUGUGGAGCUGAUGUGGGUGGUUUCUUCAAGUCUCCCAGUACUGAGCUCCUGGUGCGUUGGUACCAGACGGGGGCAUACCAACCCUUCUUCCGGGCCCAUGCCCAUCUGGACACCCCACGCAGGGAGCCCUGGCUGUUUGGCCCAGAGAACACUGCUCUGAUCAGGGAGGCUGUCCGCCAGCGUUACGCCCUCCUGCCCUACUGGUACCAGCUGUUCUACCACGCCCACUACUCUGGCCAGCCUGUCAUGAGACCUCUGUGGGUGGAGUAUCCUCAGGAUACGGCCACAUUCUCCAUGGAUGACCAGUURCUGCUUGGGAGAGAUCUGCUGGUGCACCCUGUUACUGAGGAGGGGGGCAGGGGUGUUACUGCCUACCUGCCUGGAAAAGGAGAGGUCUGGUUUGACGUCCACACGUUCCAGAAACACAACGGAGCCCAGAACCUCUACAUCCCUGUCACCAUCAGCUCUAUUCCGGUAUUCCAGCGCGGUGGUUCAAUUAUUCCCAGGAAGGCCCGGGUUCGACGGUCAUCAUCCUGCAUGGAACAUGACCCCUACACCUUAUUCGUUGCGCUCAGCCCCAAGAGAUUUGCCCAGGGUGAGCUCUACAUAGAUGACGGCCACACCAUGAACUUUGACAAACGGAAACAGUUCAUCCACAGAAGACUUUCCUUUGCCAAUAACGCCCUGUCCUCCAGAAACCUGGCCCCUGGUUCCCAGUUUAUCACUCCCUCCUGGAUUGAGAAGAUUGUCAUAUUGGGGGCCAGUAAGCCCAGCAAGGCCACUCUGAAGACUCCUGAUGGCAAGGAGAAUCUGCUGGAGUUUGAGUUUGAUGCCUCUAUGUCGGUGUUAACCCUUCGUAAGCCAGGCGUCAACGCAGGGGRGGACUGGACUGUGGUGCUUCAGUAACCAUGGAGAUGAGAAAUGGAGGGGGAGGGCUGAACCCGACUGAACAGGAAAGGAUGAGAGAGAUGGAGGAACUGAGUGGACACGGGUUGCAAUCGUAACGCACCAAGCAAGAUAUUGGAACGACUGCUCUGUGGUACUCAGACUGGACAGGUGAUACAGGACUAUUCUCUCACACACACACACUUUCAUAACAAGCUUGCGCACACAAACACACGUGGACAGGGAUUUGUUCUGUAGAUCUGAACUGGUUACUAGGUAGAUUGUUCUUUGUUAGCGGCAUUUAGGGCAAAAUUCUCGAAUUCAAAURAUGGUAUCAUUGUCGUUAAUGUAUUGGGAGUACUCAGACGUUCAAGUCUGAUGGAUGAUUAUUUUAGGUUUUCCAUCAAGUAUGCUGUAGAUGUAAAAGAUCAUUGAAUAAGUUUGCUGACAAAAUUAAGACACUCAUUCAGACAGUUUAGUUAGUAUCUGUUUAAUUCCAUAUCUGGUCAUCUCUUAUGACUUUAAAUUCUUAUAUUUUUCAUGUUUUCAUUCCAUUACAUAUUCCCCCUGUAAUUACUGAAGAGAAAUCGACAGGAAAGCCAAACAGCUCCUUUUGCUUUCAGUUUAUGUGCCACAUUCUAUUCAGGUUUUAUUAGGGGGGGUUAGAAACUCUCCACCAAUCAUGAAUGCUGCACUGAUCAAGAUCUGUAAAUGUCAUGUGCAUCUCUCUAAUUGCCAUAAGGUGUAUUGAGUCUUAUCUCUGAUAUUCCUAAUUUAAGGUUGGUCAUUCCUUCUUAUUUUGCCCCUAAUUUAGUUUCUGACAAGAAUGUGCACGCUUACCUCAGUCAUUAUUAUGCCAURUUUUUUAAAGUGCUGGAGAAAAGACACAAAGUAUGGUCUGAACUACUGCAUGGAGGGGAUUUGGCUWUUUAAGUUUGGUCAUAUUUGGGAAUUAUUCUAAAACCACUUGACUUUGUGGAUGCUCAUCCUAAUAAGUUAGGGCCAUGCAUUGGGAUUAGAUUGUGGGUUGGGGUACAGGGUCAUGGUCCACUAUCUUCAGAGUGUCAUAUGCUCUUUAUAGUGUUGAUUUUAAUUGUCUAAAUGUGACUUAGGAAAGAUAUGUUUACUAAGAUGUAGUGAGCUCUCUGGAGACAAGCGACCGGUCCUGGUUGGUCAAAGCAUCGUGAAGGGGUUGUUGUAUUCCCUACUGUCGUUGGUAAUCAAGCAUUUUGAAGAGUUUUUCUUCAUUAUUUUGUGGUUGAAUUCAAAAACUUACUGCAGCAUUCUCAGGAUGAGUGUUGGAACUGYGAACCAAGGAGGCCAGUUGUGUGUGAUAAGAUGACAGACCAAGUGAAAAUAAACCUGACCAAAUGUGAGAGGGCAUUGUUUUUAAUUAAGAAUUAAUACGGUUUACGUAGAUGGGGAUGGUAAUAAAAUAACUAUAUUCCCAAUC